CGUUAAUCCUUGGAGAGGAGGGGCUAAGUGACAGGUCGAGGUUAUGCGGCCACGCAAUAAAAGGCUGCCGACCCCCACACUUGGACACACUUCCCCACCAACCACCCCACGGCCGACACCAUCAUGCGAGUCCUGAUAGUUCUUCUGUUGGUGAGCUGUGCAGCGGCAAGGUCAAAACGAGAAGCAGAGCCUUCACCUGGUGGCCACGGCCUGGGGCACGGCCUGGGGCACAGCCUGGGGCACGGCCUAGGCUACGGCUAUGGGCUUGGACUUGGACACGGCUUUGGACACGGAGAUGGUCACGUUAUAGGCCAUGGACAUAGUCAUGGAUAUGGGCAUGGCCUUGGCCACGGCCAUGGGCAUGAGCAUGGACUCAGUUAUGGUUAUGGCUAUGGACUUGGCCUUGGCCUUGGCCACGGACAUGGAUUUGGUCUUGGCCAUGGGCAUGGUCUUGGUCUUGGCCAUGACUUCGGUCAUGGGCAUGGACACGAUUUUGGCCGCGGCAUUGGAUACGGUAUCGGGCACGGGCUAGGCCACCACGAACACACUGUCGUGCACGGUGGGGGUCACGGUCACUUUGUUGGCCACCACGACAGUCAUUUGCACAGUCUUGAACACAACCACGGCCACCAUGAGCACGACCUUGGCCACGGACAAGUGCAAGUGUACGAAACCGGGCAAGGGGUUGGAUACGCUGGUCAUGGCGCUGCCUUUGGUUACAAGGCGGCGGUGGCGCAUCCCUACCACGGCCACUCCUUCCAGCGCAAACACUCCGUGGUUCAGCCAAUCCAUCACAACCAUCUUUCCAGUUAUCACUGAUCAUCACUCAAAGACACCCCAGCAAAGCCACCUCACCAAUCGGCUGGCUGUCCCAGACUCAGGUUCCAUAAUUACUCACCUGUAAAUUGCAAUUCAGUAAAAUACCACGCAGUGCUUCAAAAUACCACGCAGUGCUUCAUAGAUCCUGUACAUUACACAACAUAUGCCCAUAGUAAAUAAAGCCUCACAGAAA